CGAGCAGCGAGCACUCGCACACACGCGCAGCACCGCCACUUCUCUCCUCUAUUGUCUGAGAAAAGCGGACCGAACCUGAUCCACUAAACGAUGAACCACAAAGCCCGGACCGGUUCAGACUGACAACCAGCUUUAAGAUCAACAACAGGGGUGGCUUUUCGUUCAGGCUAAUUUUUUGUAAGAUAAGGAGGAGGGAAAAUUCGCCCUUCCUUUGAGGUAGGAUAUGGAGCAUAGCAUUUAGCCUCCGUACAGCUCAGACACACACACUUUUCUUCCACACACACACACACUGCAGGUUUAGCGACGCGCUCUGUUUUUUGCGCUCUUUAUUAUUAUUAACGUUAUUAUUAUAGUAAGGUUCUUUUGCGCGUCGCUCGGUUUAUCCGCAUUGUUUUUGGGUGGCGCAUAAACAACAGUCUGCACGCUCUCACGUUGCGUUUAGGCCCUGUGCUACAAAUGUAAACGCAAAUGUAACAGAACCCGCAAGCGAGCUCAUUACAGGAUCGUUUGUGCCAUUAUUUAGGAUAUAAUCCGACCGAAUCUAAUCCUGAAGCUAGUUUUAUUAAUCCGCUUGUUUGUAUUAACCGGAUUAACGACACGUCGGCUACGUUCACACCGCGUUCCCGUUACUAAACAAACACAUCACUAUAUUUAUAUAUUUCUAUAAAUAUAGCGCAUAGUCGGUUAAGACGCGCACACGCGGUGUUUAAAAAAUAAGCGAAUAGAACCGCAGAACAAAGGAGAGAGACGUCGGCGCAUUUUCAAUGUUAAUGUCGACCGACGUUGCGUCCAUCAUGCUGCCCGUUAGUCGGGGACUGAUGGAGCGGGACAACCGGGACUUGGAGACGAACACCAACCAGGUUCAGCAGACACAGAACCAAAGCCCGAACCCGGUGCGAGGGAUGAAGCGUGGAGACCCAGAACCGGACCCGCACGGACAGGCUGCUGCGCCUCUUGGGGACUCCGUCGGGGCUGAGUGCAAGAGACCCCGCAUAGACGGCGGUGCAGACAUAGGCCAGAACAAUGAUCCAUUGAACAUGGCCUUCCACGGAUACCCCUCAUCUAGUCAGGGUUCACAGGAGGCGAUGGGGGCUCAGGAUGGCCUCGUCCCCCCUCCGUACUCAUCCUUCCCCCCUCCGCCACCACCUCCGCCUCAGAACGGUCUGCCGCUGGACUACGGAGGCAGCAGUAUUUACCCGGCAGGGGGGCAGGGACAAGUAGAGGCGACAGCGGGGAUCAGCAACCCCCCCUCAACUCAGAGCACUCUCAACACACAACAGCUAUCAGACGGCUCCCCCCAGACCGAGCAGCAGUGCGUAUCUGGUGGAGGUUCAGGGCUUUCUGGAACCGAAGACUCCUCAGACAGCAAGCUGACCCCAAAACGUCUCCACGUCUCCAACAUCCCUUUCCGUUUCCGAGACCCCGACCUGCGCCAGAUGUUCGGGCAAUUCGGGAAGAUCCUGGAUGUCGAGAUCAUUUUCAAUGAGAGAGGCUCUAAGGGGUUCGGCUUCGUGACUUUUGAGAACAGCUCAGACGCAGAGAAGGCCCGGGAGAGACUACACGGGACGAUAGUGGAGGGCAGGAAGAUUGAAGUAAACAACGCUACAGCUCGAGUCAUGACCAAUAAGAAGCUGGUCAGUCCAUAUGCUAACGGAGAAGGACUCAACGCUCUACCUUAUGUAGCUGGGUGGAAGCUGAGCCCCAUGGUUGGAGCAAUGUAUGGACCGGAGCUUUACGCAGUUCCAGGGUUCCCGUACCCUACAGUGGCGGCAGCGGCAGCAGCCACUACAGCCGCUACUAUUAGGGGCGCUCACCUGCGGGGUCGAGGUCGUCCAGUGUAUGGUGCUGUACGUGCAGCCAUUCCACAACCCACCAUUCAAGCAUAUCCAGGCGUGGUGUACCAGGACGGUUUCUAUGGGCCGGCAGAUCUCUAUGGAGGCUAUGCCGCAUAUCGCUACGCCCAACCAGCCGCCGUAGCCGGACCAACAGCAGCAGCAGCGGCGGCCGCUGCAGCAGCCUACAGUGACAGUUAUGGUCGUGUGUAUGCAGCCGAUCCCUACGCUACAGCACUAGCAACCCCUGCAGCUGCUGCGUACCAAGUGGGAGCAAUGGCCACCCUUUAUAGGGGAGGAUACAGCAGGUUUUCUCCUUACUGAAGUCCUGAACCUCUCCGCUCCACUGACUCACCCAAACUCAACAGCCAGUCACUUUGGAGCAAGUCCUUUUUCCGGACAAAUUGAAACCAACAUACCGCUUCUGAAUGAAUACUUGAGAAAGGAAAGUCACUACAAGUGGGUUUUUAAAAAAUAACAAACUUUAAAUAACUUUACAAAGAAGUGAGACGGCUGACUGAGGAAUUGCACGACAAAAAAAAAGCUUGAUUAUUUACUUUAUUUCUUUGGCACGUUUCUCUGCACAUAUGCAUGCAGUACUGGCUGUAGAGCGACCGCUCCAGCGGCCUAAUCUUCGUGUGCACAGAAUGUCUGGAUUCGAAUGGACAAAGUUUGUACGCAACACUAUAUUUACUCACCCUAAAAAAGAAGAGGCAGCUGCCCACGUAUGGACUGAAAAAGAAGGGGGAACCACACGAGUCACCGUUAAACAAACCCCGUAUGUUGUCAAGUAGGAAACAGGACGAUAUCACAUACACUAUAAAAGGAGAUGACCAUCUGAGGGGUAUUUUACGCGAAAGCAUCAAGAAAGAACUGUUACGGACUUGUCUCAUGCAUGUAUGAGAUGAUGGGUCAUAAAAUAACAUUCAGAAAACCUUGCUUAGAUGUUUUUUUUUGUUGAGUACCUCCUGCUCUGAGGUCUUUUAAAAAGAUUUACCUUUAAAAUUGAAUAGUGAGGAUAUGCAAAUAAAAUAGAUUAGAACAAAAUGUUUCCAAAUUAUUAUUAUUAUUAUUAUUAUUAUUAUUAUUAUUACACAACUUCUUUGACCAAUUGUUUGUGAGAUUUGUUGCCUCUUUUGUGUGUGGAGUAAACAGUCAUGAAACUUAUCCCACAUGGUAAACAGUGACGCUAGUAAUGGGUAAAAAGUAGAAGUAAAUAACACUAAGCAUUUUAUUAUGGGAUUUGUCAGCCCCUUUUACCAAAAUUAAUAGUGUUGUGAAAUAUGCAGCUCGCAAGCGUCAUUUCACAAAGUGGGCAGCGAAAUUUCUGAAAUAUUUUAAACGACAUAGUAUUUUUUCGCGCUUCGCUACAUGUAUCUACUCUAUAUUCUGAUUAUUGAUAUUUUGUCUUUUGAAUUUUGGUUCCAAAGAUUUGUGAAGCACAUUUUUUGGUUAUACAGUAUGUUUGAGCCUAUGGUAAUUUGUUUGUUAUAUUUUUGUAUUGAUAGAUUUUACUGUUUGUUUGAAGUGAAUUUUGUUUAAAAAAAAGUCUGAAAUGGAAUUUGCAGUGUCUGCUGUGCCAUUGACGUCCAAAACCUCCGAGCUAAUUUAUUCACCAACCUACCUAUCAGCUAAACACACGUAGGUUAAUCUGUGGUCAGGAUUUAUUAAUGUACUUUUUUCCUUUUUUUUUUUUUAAUUUAAAAAAAAAAGUCAUAUUAGUACUUCCGUUAGUGCUGGAUGUAGAAAGCAUGAUCUUCAAGCUUUUCUGUAAUGUGUGUUUAUUAGACCCAUUUAAAAUACGAUUUCAUUGGUGUAGCUUCCCAGCCAACACUCUGUACUGUAGAUAAAGUAUAGAACACAUUUCAUACUUGUAAGCUUUUUUUUAAACCUGAUCUUUUUGUGUAAUGUAGGGGUAAAUUAUUCCACACUAUUUGAUGAAUCACAUGAAACAUAACUUUAAAUGUGUUAAAAUUAAGAUAAAUCCCUGCCGCUCGUUCAGAUGGAAGAGUGUUCGCUUCUGUUUCUGUCCAUUAGGUACUUGCAGCCUAUGCACUACAUGUUUUUCAGUGUUAUCAAGAAACUAAGAAGUCAUUAGCAAGGAUCAGCCCUCCUUAUGUCCAUAGAUAAUUCCAAAACCUAUGUUCAAUAAAGAACCAUGGAUUUGUCCAUUUAAUUUGUAUUGACUGUAGUACUACCAUAAACUAUAGUCUAAAAUCAGUCCGAGAAGAGAUCUUGAAAUGACUGGAUGUGUAAGAUGAACAUUCGUGACUAUGAGGAAUUGAAAUGAAAUCGACAAAGAACAUGCAGGUCCAGGUUUGUUAGACCUGCAUGUACAGCACAGGUCUUAAAUAACGUCCAGCUGUGAAGUCAGGAUGAGAAAGAAACAGCUGCCACCUUUGCUAGCAUCUCGAUCCUUUUUCAUUUAUCCUCCUUUCCGUUUUUGCACAUGAUUAUAUGAUACAUGUUGUGCAUAUUAUCCUUUAGGUUACAAUGUAAGUGUGUUUUCGGUUUGAACUCUUCCUCUCUGCAUACUCAGAUGCCAUUUGUGAUGUAAUUUGUAUCUGAAUGUCCAUAUAAACAGUUUUUUAAAUACA